CGUUGCCACGUUCUGUCAGACAAGCACAGCGCUACACUCAUCUCUUCCCAUUUCGGCGUCAGAGUUUUUUGCCGGCGGUCGUUUCGUUGGUAGUUAACUGUUCGCUUCAUCUCAUCAUCAUGGUGUUAAGGGUUGUUACUCUUGUUGUUUUAUGUUUAAUUGGAAACAUUUAUGCAGAAAUAACAGAAGAUGAAGGAGUUCUAGUUCUGACUAAAGCUAAUUUCCAACAGGCCCUUUCGGAGAAUGAGUUUCUGCUGGUGGAAUUUUAUGCACCAUGGUGUGGUCACUGUAAAGCACUGGCCCCCGAGUACGUCAAAGCUGCUGAAAGCUUGAAGAAGGCUGGUUCACCGAUAAGACUAGCCAAGGUUGACGCCACCCAAGAGCCUGAACUGUCCGAAGAGCAUGGAGUGAGAGGUUAUCCAACUCUCAAGUUCUUCAAGAAUAGCAACCCUGUCCCAUACAGCGGAGGACGUUCUGCCAACGACAUUGUGUCAUGGCUGACUAAGAAGACUGGACCACCAGCCAAGGUCAUUGAGAGCCUGGAAGAUGCUAAGGCUUUCGUUGACAGCGCUGAUGUCACUAUCGUUGGAUUCUUCAAGGAUGACAGCUCAGACUUGGCCAAGGCUUUCAACGGAGUGGCUGACGCAUUGGACGACUAUGUGUUUGCCAUCACCUCCAACGCAGACUUUGCAAAGGAGCACGGCAUCGAGGAUGAACAAAUUGUCCUGUUCAAGAAGUUUGAUGAUGGCAAGUCAGUGUACGAAGGCAAGGCUGAGGUGGACGCUGUCAAGAAGUUUGUACAGACAGAGUCCUUGCCUCUGGUGGUAGAGUUCAACCAUGACACGGCCCAGAAGAUCUUUGGCGGAGACAUCAAGAGCCACCUGUUGUUGUUCCUCAGCAAGGCUGCUGGACACUACGAGGACCUGCUCGUCAACGCCAAGAAUGUGGCCGCGCCCUUCAGAGACCAGAUCCUGUUUGUUUCCAUCAACGCUGAUGAGGAAGACCAUGGAAGAAUCCUUGAGUUCUUCGGCAUGAAGAAGGACGAGGUUCCCUCAAUGAGAAUCAUCAAGUUGGAAGAAGACAUGGCCAAGUACAAACCUGCCAAUGCGGAACUGGAGUCUGACAACAUUAAGAGCUUUGUACAAGACUUCCUUGAAGGAAAACUCAAGCAACAUCUGCUCAGCCAGGAUCUGCCUGAUGACUGGGACGCCAAGCCUGUCAAGACCCUGGUCGCCACCAACUUUGACGAGAUUGUGUUCAACAAGGACAAGCUGGUCUUGGUAGAGUUCUAUGCUCCUUGGUGUGGACACUGCAAGCAGCUCUCUCCCAUCUACGAUGAUUUGGGAAAAGAGUUUGAGAGCAGAGACGAUGUUGUGAUUGCCAAGAUUGACUCCACGGCCAACGAGCUUGAGCACACCAAGAUCACCAGCUUCCCCACACUCAAGCUGUACACCAAGGGAGACAAUAAGGCUAUUGAGUACAGUGGAGAGAGAACAUUAAAGGGACUGACUGCUUUCAUCAACAGUGGUGGAGCGGAGGGUGCUCCAGGCCAGGCUGAGGCUGAGGAGGAGGAUGAAGACGACGACCUUCCCAAGAAGGACGAGCUGUAAGCAGCUCUGCCAGCGACUGCCUGAGACUAAACAUACUUGUACAUAAACUUACAGAACGUUGUUGUGGUUGUGUUAAAUUUGGACUCGAGAGUGACGGAUGACUCCCAACAUUUAGUUUCGGUUGCAACGAACGAUCGUUCCGAGAAGGAUGUACAGGAUACUCCAUAGUUCCAAAUAAUUCAUUCCAAUGUUUAGGAUAACCGUGAAUUUUUAAAAAUUAUAUUUUUUCAUACAGUUAUAAUUGUACUCCAAACUAUUUUUAUCGUGUGGGUGUGUGAGCGUUUGUCUUGGUACACUUCUAAUUUUGUAAAAAGCACAAGUUAACUAGACCAGGGUGAUCGGUUCGAAGAGGUCUGUAGGUUUAUUUUGUUUUGUGUGAUCUAAAAGGUCGGUUAUUUAUGUAGUACAAAUUUGAGUGACAUCACGAAUUAUUUGUACCUGCUUGGAAGAAUUGAGAUUCUUGAUUUUUAGUUUUUGUAGUUUACGCAUGGUUUUCUUAUGAAUGUCCCACUGUUUUGUAACACUUAGCAGGGUGUUGUAUUUAUUCCUAAUUGUCUUCCGCAGAAAAAUAUAUUUUAAGAUUAUUUUACUCGUGAAGUUGAUAAUUGCAUGUUUCGUUACUGUACAAUUUCAUUCCUACAGACCUCUACUCAAGAUGGUGCAUUUCGAUUGAGUAGAAUAUUUUUUACUUAUUAAUUUAUAGUUUUGUAUUUCAGUAUAAUUAAUGUUUUGGAUUAUAUUCUGUAAUAAUGUUAAUGCCAUAAAGAUUUCGAGAUCUGUUUUACUGUUAUAAAUAGUUUAUGGUUUUGUUAAUAACUUAAAUACAUCAAAAACUGUGAUGCUGUAUCCAAAUAAUUUCUGAAAUAAAAUCUUUUUUUAAUUAA